AUUAUCUACCAAAUCGAACCCGUCUGAAUAUGGUUCGAGAGGUUUUGAAAAAGUAACUUUAAAUUUGUAAAUAAAUCAUUCAUGUAGUAUGCUUAGUAUAUUAUUAAUUCAAUAAAUACUCUACUUUGUGUAAUAGAAAUGAAUUCAGAAGGAAAAUUGGAGGAAUCGCCCUCAAAUGUAAAUGAUGAGAAUGUUGCUCAAGAAGAAUUAUUUAAUGGAGUUCCAAUUUCCAAACUAACAAAAACUCAAAUGAAGAAAUAUAAGCGUAUGUUGCAAUGGCAAUCUGUUAAAAAACUGAAACGGGCAAAAGAAAAACUGAAAACGAGGAGUAAAAAGAUUGAAGCUAAAAUGCUCAAUAUUGACAUUGGACCUAGCCGAAAGCAAUUGAAAAAUGCAAAAAUGGCGAACAGUUCCUGCAAAAUUGGUGUGGUUAUCGAUUUAAGCUUUGACGAACUAAUGAUUAAUAAGGAUAUGGGCAAAGUUAUCAAACAAAUUCUUCGUGUUUAUACGGAAAAUCGACGAGCAAGUGCACCAAUGCAGCUGCACCUGACUAGUUUUAUCGGUCGCUGUAAGGAGGAAAUGGCCAAACAUAAUGGGCACGAAAAUUGGGAUAUGCAUUUUCAUGAAAGUAGUUAUUUAGAUGUAUUUCCUAAAGACAAAUUGGUCUACUUAAGUAGUGAAAGUGAUAAUGUGAUAACCGAGCUCGAGCAGGAGAAAGUUUACAUUAUUGGUGGAUUAGUGGAUCACAACUCUCAUAAGGGAGUUUGCCAUCAAAAAGCUGUUAACGAGGGUAUUGCCCAUGGCCAGCUGCCUAUUGGCGAAUAUUUUCAUUCUGUGAGCCGAAAAGUGUUCACUAUUAAUCAGGUUUUUGAAAUCUUACUUCGAGUAAGCGAGGGGAAGACAUUCAAAGAGGCCUUUGAAAUGAUACUGCCAAAGAGGAUAAAUAUGCAACCAACUUUAGAUAAUUCCGAGGAUGAUUCGAAUAAUGAAUAAAGAAAAUAACAUAAAA